AUGAAGUAUUCCAUCAUUUUAUCAUUUUGCGUGAUAUUUGCUUCGAUGUUGCCGCAAAGUGCCUUAUGCCAAUUUUACGGAGGACCUGGGAUAGGUCCAAUUAGAUUGGGUAUAUUCGGGCCACCACAUCUUCCUCCUCCACCACCACCACCACCACCACCGCUAUACUACGGUGGUUACAGACCGAUUUAUUUCCUUCUCUGGUUUAUCCUGAUACCUCAUCUAGUUCUUUGCCGACAUGGCGGUGGACAUUUUGGAGGUGGACAUUUUGGAGGUGGCCAUGGAUAUUUUGGCGGUGGUGCACAUUUUGGUGGCGGUGGACGUCCCUUUAUAGGUGGUGGACAUCCCUUCAUAGGCGGUGGAAGACCCUUCAUAGGCGGUGGAGGAGCCUUCUUAGGCGUUGGAAUAUACCGCGCGAGUUAUUGCAAUCCUUUCUAUUAUUACAGACCCUACUAUUGCAGUUACUAUUACUGA